CAGAAGUAGCAGAAAGGUCGUACUAGAAAGGCAGGCCAUAUUGCGGUUUUAAAUGAUCGGACAUCUCUUUAAAUCCACAAGUAGAAUAGCGUUUAGUCUCGUUCCUUAUCGUCUACCCUGCUUGAUUCACGAAAGAAUGAUCCAUGUAGCAGUUAUUGGGGCCGGUGCUGGAGGUCUUUGUGCGGGGAGAUACCUCUCUGGUCAGCCUGAUGUCUUUAGUACUGUCAUAUAUGAACAGACUAGUGGUGUUGGAGGAACAUGGGUUUAUAAUGAAAAAACAGGAGUAGACGACAAUGGUUUGCCUGUACAUUCUAGCAUGUACAGGAAUCUGAGGACAAAUCUCCCAAAACAAGUGAUGACAUUCCCAGAUUUUCAGUUUCCUGAUGAUGUAAGCUCCUACUUGACACACAGCCAAGUACAGCAGUAUUUAGAAGAUUAUGCAGACCACUUCUCAGUCAGGGAUCUUAUACAAUUCAACACUCAAGUAGUGAGAGUCACUCCACUGGUGGAAAAUACAAAGGAAAAAUGGGAAGUCACUGUGAAGGAUUUGAAAACUAAGGAUGAGACAACAUCCAUCUUUGAUGCAGUUGUUGUAUGUAAUGGCCAUUACUUUGAGCCGAAAAUACCACCAAUCCCAGGCAUAGAAAAAUUUCCUGGUCUUGUAAUGCACAGCCAUGAGUAUCGUUAUCCAGAAGCUUUUGAAGGCAAGAAAGUUGUUUUGCUGGGUGCAGCAGCUUCUGGAGUUGAUAUCAGUAUAGAUUUACAGAACAGUGCCCAAGCUGUUUAUCUAAGCCAUCAUGGUAAGCAAUUUACAUGCAAGCUACCAGAUAAUCUUGAGCAGCAUCAAGACAUCAAAGAAGUAUUUGCCAAUGGGAAAGUUCUAUUCCAAGAUGGCCAAACAAGACAGGCAGAUUGCAUCGUUUUCUGUACUGGAUACAACUUUUCAUUUCCUUUUCUGACUGAUGACUGCAACAUUACUGUGAAAGACAAUCGUAUAACACAUCUUUAUAAACAUUUGUUUAAUAUCAACCAUCCUUCCAUGUCAUUUAUUGGCUUAGGGAUCCGAAUCUGUCCCUUUCCACAAUUCAGCCUUCAAGCUCAGCUUGUGCUUAGUGUUCUGUCUGGAAAGGCGUCAUUGCCUUCCAAGGAAGAAAUGCUUUCGGAGGAAGAAAAGGAUUUUGAAGCGAAGAUGUUAGAGUGGAAAAAUAAGACUCAUUAUGCACAUUUCUUAGGAUCACAGCAAUGGGAUUAUAAUAAUGAGCUUGCAGAGCUUGCUAAGUGUGAUCGAAUGCAUCCAAUUGUUCAAAAUCUGUAUGAAUACACCUGGUCUUUUAGGGUUAAUGAUCUUUUGGGGUAUAAAGACAAAGAAUUCAAAGCAACGUCCAAUAGUACAUGGGUAGACGUUGAUCAAUCUGAUUCAAUUACUGGAUAGAUAGAUGGUAAUUGUUGAUUGUAUUAUCCAAAGUUGGGAACCAAAUCAAGACCAGGUCAUUAGCAGUGGUGCGCUCACACCUGACCUCUAGGACAGUUCUGACAGAUUCAAUUUCUGGUCUUGGCAUCGCAUGGAGGUCAUGGAGUCGUUUUGGGUUUCUCCUUAGAUUUGUUAUUUUUUAUUGUUUUUUUUUAUUGUUUUUGUUUUCCUCACACUGAUAUUUUAUGCAACACGCUAAAAAAUCAGCCCAUAUGAUAUAUUAGCCAGCCCAUUCCAGAGGUCAGAAUCUACAGUUGCAGGGUUUGAUAAAAUCGAUGUUUAAUUUGUUUUGCGUUGAUUAGAUGGUGCAAUUAAGGUUUGCAUUGGUAUAACAACCAGUGAAUCAAGGGUGGCUUAUUUACCUCUUGGGUCUCUGGUUUAAUAGAGGUUUUGCACCAUCAUGUACCCAUUCAAUAAUACUGCUUGGGCUGCCUGUGGUUAGAUGGCAUGCAAAAUGAUUGUAAUGUUCCUGUCAUCUAACAUGGCUACCAUCACGUGGUGGUGCAAAACCUCUACUCCUGGACUUGGCAUCUCAUGAAAGUAUAGUUUAUUCGGUCUUAAUUUUCGGUCGUUUUUUUCUGGGUUUUCUGCAGGCUGUGGAUUUAAUUUUCUCCCUUCACAAAACCUAACAAGCUAAGUUGCAAAUCUAUCUGUGAAUUAGUCAUGCCCUGACCUUAAUUCAUAGUCCAGAGGUUGUUUCAAGGUAUCAAUAUAGUGCAAAUCAUAUAUUCAUGCAAUAGCACAAGAGCUAAAUAACACCAAACAUAUUUCUUUUGUUUUCAACUGUUUCAUUUGUGCUAUUUUGUACUAUUAUUAGUUAGCACUAUUUUCAAAGAUAUAUGGUUUGCACUCAAGUGAUUUUUAUGACCAGGUAAAUUCAUGAUUCUAGGGGUGCUGAUAAGAUGUCUGCCAGAGGUUUAAAUUUAUACAAUAUGUUCUUAGCAAGUAUUAAAUUAGGCACAAGAUGACAAGAGCAGAAAGCAUGAGGUGUGAGAUUAUCACCUCUGACAGAGAGCAAUUAUUUUAUUGAUAUAUAAUACAAUUUUACAAGGGUAAUAUGACAUUAAACUUGUUUUACUGCU